AUGUCCUUUUUUGGCUUCGACGCCACAGGUGGUCGUCACAACACGACGGCCCCUGGCUUCUCCCAAUCUCACGAUCCUUUUGCCAGCCUUGCUGGUCGCGGCGAUCUUGUUGACGAAGCACUCGAGUUCGAAGAUACCUACGACGGGCUCGGCGACCAGCUGGACGAGACUGACGAUGCCUUUAACGACGACACCUUUGGUGGCGACACCGCCGUCACCGGCAAGGUCGGCAAAGACUUUGAUUUUUUCGGCCAGACGGCCAAGGUAUCCGACGCGAUUGAGGAGGAACAACUUCGGUACCACCUACAGCCCCCCAAGGGCAGUGUCGCUCAGGCCCAUCCCCAGGCCCAUGCCCAUGCCCAUGCCCAUGCCCAUGUUGAGGCCCAUCCGAUGGCCCAUCCGAUGGCUGCCUAUCAGCAGAAUCAAUACUAUGACCAGCAGCAGCAGCAGCGACCCGCUCGUACGGGGUACGAAAAGUAUCGCGACGAGCCCAUGCCCGACCUGCACGUUGACCAAAGCAUCUGGGGAAUGGGCCCGGCCAAAACCGCCGCGCCUGCUGCCCAGCCGGCCACCCACGUCGUCCCCGCCCCCGCCCCCGCGGGCAGGAAGAUGAUGAGCCUGGAGGAAGUUGAAGCGGCCAUGCAAGCCCAAUCGGUCCAGAAAGACCCUGUCCAGCAUCCGGUGCCCGAGCCGGCCAUGUACUUUCAAGAUGCGGCGGGGUACCAAGCUGCUCAUCAGCAGCAGCAGCCGCAGCCGCAUCCUGGCCACGGCCAUCCCGUCACCAUUCUGCAGCGCCCUCAAAGCCUGCAGCCGAAGCCUUCGGCCAGCCCCGCCAAGACGGCGACGCCGCCUCUGCAGCAGACGCAGCAGCAACGCCAGCAGGGCCCCAUGCAGCCGAUGCAAAUUCUCCAGAACCCGAACCGCACUCCUGGGGAUGCUGCGCGCGUAGGCUUGGACCAGCAGCCAAGCCAGUCUCAGGGGUUGGGCCCCCUCAUGCAGCAGAUGCAUGCGCACCCGCAGCUCAUGCACAUGUCCGAGGACGAAAAGGCUGCCUUUCUCGACCAAGAGAUGAAGCGCGCGAAGCGAAACCACAAGAUCUGGCUGCUGUCCAAGGACAACGGCUUCAUGACGCCCCACGACAAGAAUUUCAUCACCCGCAUCCAGCUUCAGCAACUCGUUUCGGCCACGGGAAAUUCCGGAGAGCGGGGCAUCGACGACUCCCUCGCCGAGGACUUUUACUUCCAGGUGUACAGCCAUAUCCGUGCGGGACAGCGACAGAAUCCUGGCCAGCCGUUGAGCAACUUUGCCCAGACGUACCUCCUCCAGACGGGAAAGCGCCAGAGCGGCAUGCGCAGACACGGUCGACCGGCGCAGACCCACAUGCAGAGGAUGGAGCAGCAGGUCCAGAGGGCCGUCGAGGCGGCCAAGAACAAGCCCAAGAACCCGCAGCUCGUCAUCGCCGGCAGUUUGGGCAAGAUUUCCUUCAGCAACGCCAAGACUCCCAAGCCGCUCCUCAACAUCAAACGACCCGAGAGCGAGACGGGCCGACCGGUCGGCAACAAGAAGCCCGCUGCCCAAAACGGCCUCGACCGCAAGAGGAUCCUGCGCAACGUGGAGAUGGUCUACACGACGCUCAUGAAGAUUGAGGACCACGUCCGUCUGCUUCCGCCGCCGCUUUCCGGCCCGGAUGCGGAGUUGCAGAAGAAGCACGAGGAGUGGGCCGCCGCGCUCGAGGCGUUCAACGCGAAGCUCUGGAGCGAACUAAAGGUUCACGAGCCGAUCGGCGCGACGGCACUCCAUCCCUUCAUCGCGUUCUUGUCUUGCGCCAAGGGCAAGAAGGCCAUCCCGCGCAUCUUCCCGCACCUCAGUUUCGAGCAGCGCACGACGAUUUUGACCAUGAUCGUCUAUCAUCUUGACCAGUUGGACGUCGUUGACGGGGCCGCCGUCAGCAACGGGGAGACGCAUCUCAACUCGAGGAUGCGAGAAAACAUAGAGCUGUUCAUCUCGACCGUCAUGCCGUCGCUGAUGCAGUACUUCAACGACACGGGCCUGGACAUUGUCGACGGCGUCCUCAACUUGAUGGCGACCAAGCUGAACGUGGACCUGAUUGUGAGGACGAGGAUUGGAGUCUCCAUGCUCACCUUGAUCUUGAGCCGCGCCGUGCUUCUGAAGCAAACCGGCGCCGGCAGCCCCGAGCAGUGGGAGAAAUGGUACGACGACACCCUCGCCGAGCUUGAGCCAUCGCUGCCGGCCAUGUUCCCGGGCAGCGUCAACGCCGGCGUCGACGUCUAUGUCUGGCAGCUGCUGGCCGCCAUGGGGGUCAGCGCGACGCACGACCAGCAGACGCGCCUUGUCCUCGCCGUCAAGGACCGCGUCCUCGACACGGUUACGCUGUCCAAGACUCUCCCGCCCGCCAUGGCCGCCGAGCGACUCGGCAGCGUCAACCUCUUCAUGCGCUCCAUCGGCUUGGACGUGGAGCUGCUUCAGUAA